AUGUUUUAUGGCGAUUGGAUUGUUCAGCCUUUGCAUCCCAUUCACAGCAAUCACCAUCAACUAUCUUCCAUUUGUCAAAAUGAAAUACAACCCACCCUGAUCAUCCACGGCGGCGCCGGCGCCCUCUCGCGAUCCGCCAUCCCUCCCCACCUCUACGAUCAAUACCACGCCUCUCUUCUCGCCUACCUCCGCUCCACCCGCCAGCUCCUCGAAUCCGGCUCCUCAGCCCUCGACGCUGCCGUCCACGCCGUCUCCCUCCUCGAAGACGACGAGCUGUUCAACUGUGCCCGCGGCAGCGUGUUCACCUCCGCCGGGACCAUCGAAAUGGAGGCUUCGGUGAUGGUCACGUCUAUGAACACCGCCGUUCCCGAUCCCGACUUCCCCGAGAAAUAUUCUUGUCCCGAGCCAUACUCGACUGCAAUUCGCCAUGAUCCCGGUCAACCCGGCAAUCCAUCAAACAUCCACCCGGGAACUAUCAAACGAGGUGUCGGCGUCAUCGGGCUCAAGAACGUGCGACACCCGAUUCAGCUCGCGAGGGAAGUUCUCCUGCGGAACGGUCUUGAUAAAGAUGCAGAUGGAGACGGAGGAAGCAUGCACGCACAGCUCUCCGCGCCCUACGUCGAAGACCUCGCCAGACAGUGGGGUCUCGAGUUCGAGCCGGACGAGUACUUCUGGACUCAGCGACGGUGGGACGAGCAUAUCCGGAAACUCGCCCAGACGGCCGAUCAUCACCCGCCGCCCCCAUACCCCGGCCCAGGCCCAGACCCAGACCUAGAUCUAGACCUGAACUCCCUCCCCCAGGGAACCGUCGGCUGCGUCUGUCUCGACCAAUACGGCAACCUCGCCGUGGCGACCAGCACCGGCGGCAUGACGAACAAACUGCCAGGUCGAGUAGGCGACACGCCGACGCUGGGGGCCGGGUUCUGGGCCGAAAGCUUUGGCAGAACGGCGAUGAUGCGGCCUGCGCCUCCUCCGCUGUCUUAUUACCUCUCAGCGUCGAGUAGUAGCUCAUCACUUGCCAAGGAUGACGCACGCAAACGACGAAACAUGGCGGAUAUACCCCGACCCCAAGAAAGCCCCAUAUAUAAAUACAACAAUCUCGACAUCUACCCGAUGCGAAAGCCAAAACCAGAGCGUCCACACCCACCCGUCGACGAUGAAAAAGAACCCGAAACCGACUCCUGCGACUCCCUCUACCGCCCCGUUGAAACUUCCCCCCUCUGCUACCUGGAAACCAAAGCCCUCGCCGUCUCGGGCACCGGCAACGGUGACUCCUUCCUGCGCACCUGUGCCGCGCGUACCGCCUGCGCUAUGACGCGCUUCGCGCGCGAGAUGCCGCUCUCGAAGGCUGUGACUGCCGUGGCGGGGCCCGGCGGCGAGUUGCAGCAGUCAGCGGGAGAUCGGUGGGGGAGCGGAGAGGGCGAGGGCGGGCUGAUCGGGAUCGAGGUGGAUGAUUAUCAGAUGACGCCGUUUAUGGCGGAUUGGGAGGUGAGCGGCAUUGUGAUUCGGGGGCGGGUGGUGUGUGAUUUUAAUUGUGGGGGGAUGUGGAGGGCUUGGAUGGAGGAUGGGAACCCGGGGGAGGGGGAGGAAGAUAGGGAGGUGGUGAUGGUGUUUAAGGAGAGUUAUUAUUAG